AUGCAACGAGUCGCAGUAAGUGGCAGCAUUGGCACCGCUCUCUUCGUCAGCAUCGGAUAUAGACAGACCCCUCGAGCACGGUGUGGGCAGAUUGCUCCGCGGAUUUUCUCUCUUUAUAUGCCUACCUGCACUCGUGGUCUCCUCAACAACUACAUGGUAGAAAUAGCUGUUUUCAGGCCUCCUCUCCGGGUCCCAAGUGGAUGCACGAAGCUUUCGGGUUCAACGUUGGCUGGGACUUCUUCCUCCACGAGGCGGUCUUGA